AAGACAGAGAGAGAAAGAGAAGGAUGAGAGAGAGAGAGAGACUGCAUAUUUAUUUGGUCAGUUUUGUUCGCCGCCCUUCGAGCCAUCCGUGGUUGUUUCCUUCUGAUACCACUUUCUCUCCUAAAGAGCAGUUGCUGAUAUUUGCAGUCGCAUGCGAUCUGAAUCAGGUGGCAUUCUGUUUCCAUUUGGAAAUGGGGAUCACACCUGGAAUCCGCUGUAGAUGGAAGUAUCCAAUGGUAUAGAAGUGAUUACCGAUUCAAUUUACAAGUACUAUGAGCUUUUGACCUAAAAGAAAAAGAAGUGCUGAAAUAAGGAUUUCUUUUGAAAUGGUCUUCACCAUGAGUAUAUGGUGAAUAGGGUGUGGUGAGGAUGCUUUGCUAGACAAUGUGAGUGAGAGGGCAAAGCUGAAGUCUGUACAGUGGGAAGAAAAUGUCAGAUGGUUAUGGUGGUUGUUCAAGGGAAACCUCCGUGGUUGUUGUUGUCCUAGAAACGAGUGAGGUGUAUAUUAUAGUCAGCUUGUCAACAAGGAUAGACACCCAAGUCAUUUAUGUUGACCCAACGACUGGAGCACUGUGCUAUAUUGGAAAGCUAGGAUACGAUCUUUUCAUUUCAGAAGAUGAAGCUCUAAAAUAUGUUACAGAUGGGUCAAGGUGGCUUUGCAAGAGCACAACAUAUGCAAAAGCAAUUCUGGGUUAUUUGGCAUUGGGAAGUUUUGGUUUACUUCUUGUUGCAACCAAGCUGAACGCGGGCAUCCCAAACUUGCCUGGUGGUGGCUGUGUAUACACUGUGACUGAGAGCCAAUGGAUCAAGAUCCAGCUACAAAACCCUCAACCUCAGGGUAAAGGUGAACUCAAGAAUAUUCAGGAUUUGGCUGAGAUUGAUAUUGAUGGGAAGCACUACUUUUGCGAGACAAGAGAUAUUACAAGGCCUUUCCCAAGCAGUAUGCCAGUCUUGUACCCCGAUGAAGAAUUUGUUUGGAAUAAGUGGCUAUCAUUGCCAUUCAACGACAUUGGGCUGCCUUAUCACUGUGUUGUUCUUCUUCAGGGAUUUGCAGAAUCCAGAGGUAUUGGAGGUACAGCUCAACAAGAAGUGACUGUUGCUCUUACAGCCCGACGCAGCAGACUUCAUCCUGGUACUCGCUAUUUGGCUCGAGGACUGAAUGCUUGCUAUAGCACAGGAAAUGAAGUGGAAUGCGAGCAACUUGUAUGGUUGCAAUCAAGAACUGGUCAAGUUCCUUUCAGCACAUAUAUUUGGCGACGAGGCACCAUACCCAUAUGGUGGGGUGCGGAGCUGAAGCUCACUGCUGCUGAGGCAGAAAUCUAUGUCUCGGCACGAGAUCCUUAUAAAGGAAGUGUGCAGUACUACAAGAGGUUAAGUAGCAGAUAUGGUUCAAAUAAGCUAGAUGGAACAAUCAAAGGUAACCAAAAGAGAAAUAUUCUGGUUCCGAUUGUUUGUGUUAAUUUACUUAGAAAUGGUGAAGGGAAGUCUGAAUCCCUUUUGGUUGAGCAUUUUGAGGAAUCCAUCAAUAGUAUUAGGGCGUCUGGAAAGAUUCCAUAUUCUCGGAUUCAUUUAAUAAAUUAUGAUUGGCAUGCCAGUGUGAAGUACAAAGGUGAGCAGCAGACCAUUGAGGGACUGUGGAAACUGCUCAAGGCUCCAACCAUGGCUGUUGGAAUAAGUGAAGGGGAGUAUAUGCCUUCAGCAAUGAAAACUGACUUUAAAGGAGCACUCAUUCAGUGCAAAGACAUUGAUGGAGUUUUUUGUUUAAGGACAUUCCAAAACGGGGUAAUUCGUUUCAACUGUGCAGAUUCUUUGGAUAGAACAAAUGCAGCAAGCUAUUUUGGGGCUCUUCAAGUAUUGGUUGAACAGUGCAGAAGGUUUGGUUUGUCCCUUGAUAUCGGUGGGGGCUUUGGACUUCCUCCAGGAAACAGAUACCCAGAGCAGGGCAAAUAUGGGGAAUAUGUGGGCCCUUUGCCACCUGGAUGGGAGAAACGUUCUGACGCGGUUACAGGAAAGACAUUUUAUAUUGAUCACAACACGCACACCACUUCAUGGGAACACCCAUGUCCAGAUAAACCAUGGAAGAGAUUUGAUAUGUCGUUUGAGGAGUUUAAGAAUUCAACCUUUGCAACCGCAAUCUCUGUCCUGGCUGACCUUUUCCUUACUGCUGGUGAUAUCCAUGCUACACUUUACACAGGAUCAAAGGCUAUGCAUAGUAGUAUUCUUCAGAUAUUCAGUGAGGAUUCUGGCAGGUUUAAGCAGUUCUCUGUUGCUAAGAAUAUGGGAAUCACUAUUAAAAGAAGAUACCAAAAUGUUCUUAUUGACAGUUCCCGCCAGAAGCAGUUGGAGAUGUUUCUUGGGACGCGACUUUUUAAGCAUCUUCCUUCUAUUUGGACCCAUCCAUUAAAGGUAACAUCACGACCUUCUACUUGCCUUUUGAAGCCUACUGUGAAUAUGUUCCCAAGUAUGAAUGGUGGAGCUGAUCUUCUCAGCUUUAAAAGAAAAGAUCGAAUUUGGGUCUGCUCUCCGGCUGCAGAUAUUGUUGAACUUUUCGUAUACCUCGGAGAGCCUUGUCAUGUUUGUCAGCUUCUUCUGACUGUUUCACAUGGUGCAGAAGAUUCAUCCUUCCCUGUGAUGGUAGAUGUACGAACAGGAACUAAUCUGGAUGAGCUAAAGCUUGUUCUUGAGGGUGCAACCAUACCAAAAUGUGCAAAUGGGACAAAUCUGGUGUUGCCCCUAACUGGUGCUAUUAAGCCAGAGGAUAUGGCUGUAACUGGUGCAGGUACACGCCUUCAGGCUCAAGAAAAGUCCACCAUUCCUUUGUUAUAUGGAUUUGAAGAACUGGAGGGCGAAAUAAAUUUUCUUACCCGUGUUGUGGCAUUGACAUUUUACCCUGCUGUUGCUGGAAGAAUCCCUAUCACCCUGGGUGAGAUUGAGAUUCUUGGAGCCUCUCUUCCUUGGAGGGAUAUAUUUACAGAUGAUGAAUCUUGGGUAAAAUUUACCGAGCUUGGGCAGAAACAUUCAAAUCAUACAAAUUCAAAUCAUACAAACCCCUUUUUGUCUGAUUCAAACUUUGACAUUUGUGAUGGGUCAUCCAACCACAAUGUAGCAAUCGCAUCACAAUCAAGUGGUUCAUUGAGCCAUGGACUAGAUCUUCUAACAGGAGAUUUCAUGUGUCCUGAACCGAUUUCUCAGCCUGAGAUGCAAUUCAAAUAUGAUCACUUUGAUCCUAAUAGUGGUCGACACAAUGAUUUCUUUGGAGAUCCUCUUCUUGAUUGUUUUGGGCCCCAAGCAUCACCUGAUUUGGCCACCCCCCAACAUGAAAAACCUGAAGAUGUUAGUGGCACCCAACAAUAUCUGAAUUGUUACAGAUUGUUGAGUGGCACAGACAAGUGUAGGAAGCUGGACUAUGAAGAGGCUAUGAAGCUUGAAAUUGAACGCUUCCAUGUAAAUCUGUCAGCUGCAGAAAGAGAUAGAGCUCUCUUAUCCAUUGGCACUGAUCCUGCAACAAUAGAUCCAAAUGCCUCAUUAGAUGAUUCCUACAUGAAUCAGAUAUGUAAAUAUGCAAACAAUCUUGCAGUGCUGGGACGGGUAGCAUUUGAAGACAGGAUUAUAUCAGCCAUAGGUCUUGAUGCUAAAGAGGAUUGUGAUAUUGAUUUUUGGAAUAUAUAUAGAAUUGGUGAAUCGUGCUCAGAGGCUAAGUGUGAAGUUCACAUCAAGUCAAAGCAGACCCAAGUCUCAUGUGCAAAUAUUCAUGCUAAUGACCCAUCUUUGCUUCUGGUUUGUUCUAAUUGCAGAAGAAAGGUAUGCAGUUUUUGUUCAGCAGGGAGGGGAAGUAUCCUUCUCAUGACUGACAAUGCUAAGGAGGGAUCGAGCUUUAAUGGUCAAUCAAGCCCUGAUGGGUCAAGUCAUCAUGGCCAAAGUGAUGGAAUUUCAACAAAUCGUGCUGCACCAGUAGAUGCAGUGACCUGCAAAAAAUGUUGCCCACAAAUAGUCCUUGAUUCACUGCUUUUGGAUUAUGUCAGGGUUUUGAGUAGCUUACGAAGGAGAGCUCGAGCAGACAAUGCAGCAUAUGUGGCGCUAAGCCAAGUGACUGAUAUUUCAUCAUACCAUCAUGGUGCUGAAGUGAAGGGAAAGUAUGGAAAUCAGCAGGGGGGCGAUAGGAAAGCGCUGGAAAUGAUAUUUAAUGGGGAGGAAUCACUUGCUGAAUUUCCAUAUGCUAGCUUAUUGUAUUCGGUCGAGACAGCGGUAGGUUCUGCUCCACCAUUAUCAUUACUUGCCCCUCUUGAUAUGGCAUCAGAAAAGUCUUACUGGAGAGCUCCCCCAAGUACCUCCAAUAUUGAAGUUUCUAUUAUUCUUGGCGACCUAUCCGAUGUCUCAGGAGUUGUUUUACUUGUCAGUCCCUGUGGUUAUUCAGCAUCUGACAUUCCCAUGGUUCAAAUUUGGGUAAGUAACAAGGUCAAUAAAGAAGAACGGUCUUGCAUGGGGAAGUGGGACAUGCGAUCCUUAAUUGAUUCUUCUUCUGAAUUUUCUGGUCCGGAAGACUCAAAGAGUGAGAAAGAUGUACCGAGGCACCUUAGGUUCCCUUUUCGGAAUCCCGUACGGUGUCGUAUCAUUUGGAUAAUAUUUGGGCUACGCAAUCCUGGUUCGAGUUCUAUGAAUUCUUUAGAGAGAGGCUACAGUCUUCUCUCACUAGAAGAGGGCCCCUCUCAUCCGGUUAAUCGUCGGUAUUCUUUCGGAGUUGGAGAUAAUAGUGCCUCUUGUAUUCAUGCAAAGAGGUUGUUGGUGUUGGGAAAAUCCAUCAGGAAAGAUUUGGGGCCAGGUGCACCAAUACCAAGCUCUGACAAGAUAAAUCUGAAAGCUUGGUUGGAGAGACCUCCACAACUAGGUCGAUUCAAGGUUCCAAUUGAGGCUGAAAGGUUGUAUGAAGGUGAUUGUGUGUUGGAACAGUACUUAUCACCUGCUGCACCUGGCUUGGCUGGGUUUCGAUUGGAUGCUCUUAGUGUGAUAAAGCCUCGUGUUACCCAUUCACCUACUUCUAUGGAAAAGAGUAUUUGGGACCAAUCUUUGACAUGUUUAGAAGACCGGCACAUCAUGCCUGCAGUGCUAUUCAUUCAAGUCUCAGCUCUACAGGUUUUCAGGGGCUAAGUUGUAAGAGCUUUUGAGGAGUUAAUUCUAUAAGCAGUAAGAGUAGACAUGCCUGUAGCCUUGAAGUGAUGGGCAGCUGGAUCUUUGUUUGGCUUUCCUAUUGUGGCCAUGUGGUUCUGAUACUUAUUAAAAAAAAGCUUAAAUGAAUACUUAAAGGGUGCGGUUUGUAUAGAGCUGUGGCUCUAUAAGACAGAAGAUAUUCAAAACAUUAUCACAUAUAAAGUUUUACCUUUUGAGGAAUGAAUAUUCCAAGCAUUAAAUCUGGAACUACAGUUUAUCAAGGCCAGCAGUGCUGGCCACCUCAAGGCUUGUCUUGCCCUUUAUUUAGUUCCUGGAUGCUGUGUUACUGUUGUAUUUACUUUUCCUUGAUCAGUCUGGUUUGUAACUUCCCUCUUCUUCUGCAAACCAAGUGAUCUUGUCUUAGUAUCCUAUUCUGUUAUUUUAUGUAGUUUCUCAAUAUGCAUUAUCAUCAUUUCCUUCAAGAUGAACAACCCAAACUCUCUCAGUUUCUCUCUCUCUCUCUCAAAUAUGUCGUGAGUUUUUCCUAUUGUUC